UUGAUGAUGCUGUCAUUAGUGAAAAAUACACUAGCCCAUUCGUUUGCAAUCUGUGAAACAAUAAAAUGGCGCCUACAGAUGUAUACUACAUACGCACUCCAAAUGCACCCUUGCCAGUAGUUGGAACAAUGAGCCAAGCCGUUGCAGUAGGGGACAAAGUUUUCGUUUCUGGCGUGCUAGGCUUUACUCCGGGGUCGCUGGUGUUGAUUUCUGACGAUUUAAGAGAACAAACCGUGCAAACUUUUCAAAACGUCAUUGCUAUACUAGAAGCUGCUGGAUCAUCUUCAAAAAAUGUGGUUCAAGCAACGAUAUUCCUCACGGAUAUUAACGAUUUGGAAAUAGUAGACGACAUAUACAACCAAAUGUUCGGUCCUAGAGUUGGAGCAAAAACUUACUUGCAGUCUACAAACACAUACACGGGUUCGAAAAUACAUAUGGAAACUGUGGCGAUCACUGGUAAUGUAGAAAUAAAAUAUGUCGAAUAAAAUAUGAUGUUUAUAAUUUAAAAUGAUAUUAUAAUAAUAAUAAUAAUAUAUUUUACGGUUGUUAGUAUUUUAUAAUAACUCAGAGUUCGGUUAAUAUAAAAAAUACUAUGUAGUUUACCUUUUAUGUGUUUUGUGAAAUAUAUUUUUGUGCGUUUACAUAAUGUUUUUUUAAAUAAAGACAUUAAUUAAAAUAACGGUUCGAUUAUGUAAA